AUGCCGCUGUCGACGUCACUGGUCCGGGCACUCGUCUACUCCCUCGCCGUCCUCCUCUUUUGCGACACUGUCUGGGCCGGCCGCGCUGAAUGCCAGUACCCCACUGACGACCCCUUAUCUGGCUGUGCGUCUGGCACCCUCCUCGUUGGCCCACCAGGCACUAGUAAUGUCAACUUCACCACCAUCCAGUCUGCCGUCCUCAGCCUCCCAAAUGAUGCUACACCGUACACUAUCCUCAUCCUCCCAGGUAACUACACGGAACAGGUCAACGUCACUCGUCCCGGUCCCGUCACACUCCUGGGCCAGACCGUGGCUCCUACGGACCGCACGCAAAACGCAGUGAGCAUCUUGUGGGCGGCCGUCGCGGGCCCCUCGGAUAACGCACGGACGAGCACGCUCACGGUCACCUUCAAUGCAAGCUUAACGGGGCCGGAUGGGCACCAUUUUGGGAGCACCGAUUUCCGCGCAUACAACAUUGACAUCGUGAAUGACUACGCACCGUACUCCGACACCCCGAGCCUCGCGAUUGGGAUCAGCUACGCCAACGCUGGAUUCUACUACUGCGGGUUCUAUAGCUACCAGGAUACCAUCUACGUCGGCGAGCUUGGGAACACGUACAUGUAUGACAGCGAGAUCGCCGGCCAGACCGACUUCCUGUACGGGUACGGGACGCUCUGGGUGCAGUCGUCGCUGCUGUCGCUGCGCAGCUGCGGCGGCGGGAUCACGGCGUGGAAGGGGACGAACACGACCUUCGUCAACUCCUACGGCGUCUACAUCGUCGACAGCGAGGUGCGCAGGGCGAAUGCGAGCCUGCACAUCGCGGGCGAGUGCGCCCUGGGCCGGCCAUGGAACGCGCAGGACCGCUCGAUCUUCGCGUACACGUAUCUCGACGACAGCAUCGAGCCGUCGGGGUACAUCCCCUGGGCGGGCGUCCCGGGCGGGCGGAUCGACUUCAACACGACGAUGGCCGAGUUCCGCGACUACGGCCCGGGGUUCAACCUCACCGGGCGCGAGGAGGCGGGCAUCACGCUGCUGAUGACUCCGGAGGAGUAUGCGCCGUACGACCGCGUCGAGAAGGUGUUCCAGUACCCGUUCAGCGGGGAGUACGGCAACGUCGCGUGGAUCGACCCGACGCCGUGGGUGUUAUGGUGA